CCCUGGGUUCCCAAUCGGUUAGGACGCUGGCUGGGAAUUCCGGACGUUUCGGCUCUUCGGUCGCAGAGGCAGGAGGCGUGUCUCUCUGCUGCAUGUCGGUCAUGGACCUCGCCAGCACCUGCUCCAGCUUUCAGUCGGACUUGGAUUUCUGUCCAGACUGCGGCUCGGUCCUGCCUCUACCCGGGGCUCAGGAUGCGGUCACCUGUACUCGCUGCGGCUUCUCCAUCAACGUUCGGGACUUCGAGGGGAAAGUUGUGAAGACUUCAGCAGUGUUCCACAAACUGGGGACAGCCAUGCCUAUGUCGGUGGAGGAAGGGCCUGAGUUCCAGGGACCUGUGGUUGACAGGCGCUGCUCUCGAUGUGGUCAUGAGGGGAUGGCAUACCACACCAGGCAGAUGCGUUCAGCUGAUGAAGGGCAGACCGUCUUCUACACCUGUACCAACUGCAAGUUCCAGGAGAAGGAAGAUUCUUGAUCUUUUUCCUGGGCAAUUCCACAGUCCGUCCCUCUUCUUCCUUGGAAGGUGAAGGAUACUGAGUUCUUGGACAAGAAAUGCCUUGUCCACCUCUUCUAGUUGCAAUGUGUUGCUCCCAGAGGAGAAUCAAAUCAUCAUAUGGGGAUUACCAUUGUCCCUGGAGUAAGAUACCCCUAGUUGAGUUUCCUUAUUAAAGUUGUAUUUUUCUAUAAGA